AAACCUUUAUGGUGAAGCUGAAGUUCCAGACAAAGGGAAGGCUUUUACCUAAUAACCCGAGAAACUUUUAUGAACUAGUGACGAGUAUUUAUAAAUACUAUCCUGAAAUCUAUAACAUUGAGGAUUAUUCAGUAUAUUUUCAUGACCAGGAUAAUGAAAGAAGCGUGAUUAACCAGGACGAUGACCUCCAGGCUGCUUACAAGCUCAUGGCCCUCAAAAAGGGCCCAAUUCUCAUCUUUUUCAUUGAGAAUCGUCGUGCAAGGAAGAACGCACUCGGAGACCGAAGACUUGACUCUAAAAGUGUCCAAGAAGUCAAGCUAAGAAAUAAGAAGAAAGAAGCAGAGUUGCUUGAAAACGCUCUUUUGGUUAGAAAUGGUUACACUUAUGAGUUCAGCAGGACUUCCAGGAACGCCUACUGCUAUAGAUGUGAAGACUGGAAGAAAGGCUGCAAAGGAAAAUGGUAUCUCUUCGAAAAGGACUCUAAUGGUCUCGGAAUUGAACACAGCGCCCAUUCUUUACUUAAAGAAGAACACAGCUGCAUGGAAAUCUCCCGAGAACUCGGGAACUUAGCCAUGGAAGUCUCUGAGUUCAUUGAUAUGAAAGGAGAUCUGCCUUUUAUUGUUAAAUACGAUGCAAUGAAAAAAAAGUCAUCAACAAGCUGCUUGAAUCUGAUUUCAGACUUACCAAAGAAAUGCUUAGGAACAGAUUGGAAUCUGCUGGGCAAAAGGCUCCUAGAAAACCUGAUUAACAAGCUAAGGUCAAGACUCUCUGUCAAGUCACACUGUGUCAGUGACAUCUCAUCAAUCAAAACAGUCGAAGGAGAACCCUUCUGAAGAGAAGUGAUAGAAUGAAAUGCAAAUAACAUGAAGCAAUACUUGUGAUUUUUCUAUUCUGAUUUCCAAGUAAAGCUUCUACAGGAAGCAAAGACACUGUACAUUUCUGGCUCACAUAAGAAAUGGCUAAAGCCACAAUGGAGCGAAACUGUAUUCAUCCAAGCCUUCAAGAACAAAACCUGCGUGACUUUGUGUACAUUCAUCACUCAAAGUGACUCAGAUGAAGCUUUUAAAGCUGGGUUAUCAUACCUCCAAAAAGAGCUAGAUCUUUCUCCUGAAGAAGUUGUAUUGGACCCUCAAGCUAAUCUGACCUCUGCAGCUAUUGGAGUAUUCGGAAAUGACACUAAAUACAAGACUUGUAGCUACUUCUUUCAUAAUUAUCUCAACCAGAGAGCUGAUAGGUUAUGUCUCUUAAACCAGAACGAGGACCAUAAUGUCAAGAAGCUCCUUUGGUGCUUAAAAGCUUUAGCUUUUAAGCCGAAAUCAGAUAUUGAAGGUGACUUCAUCAAGAUCCAGAACUUCUACAAAAGAUUUUGCUGCUCAUAUGAACAAAUCACUGAUGAGUUCUACAACUUAUUCGUACGUAAGCUGAACUUGGACUACUGGAACUCUAACUACAUGUUCAAGGAAGACCGAGAGAGAAAGGCGAAAUAUCUUGAGCUUAACAGAAUUCUUGAGAUUCAUGACAUGCUGCUUGAGAAAUAUCUUGAUGAGACAGAAACAUUUUCAUCAUUUUGCAAAGGUCUCGCAGAGCUUGAGAGAAAGUUCAGAAUGAUAUUAGAAGAAAAUGACCAUAUUGAAGUCUCCAAUGAUGAUCUCGAUGAGACCAAUAUCCUUGCAGACUUGUUAGACCAGAAGUUCAACAUUGAAAUGGUGAUGUCGCAUUCCUUCCAGCUGCCACAUAGGGAAAACUCCAUGAUUGGAAGUAGUAUUGAGUCUAACUUUGGUGUGUCUCCUUUAGCAAAUAACCCAAAUGCGAAUAAUGUGGGUGUGCCUAAUUUCAACCCAUAUAAUGCUAAUGUUGGUGGAGGGAUGAACCUAAGCAAGCGGAGAGGUAGAAGACCCUCUGCGAACAUUCACCAUCUAGCUCAGAACGGUACUCCAGUGUCACAGCAACCAUAUACAGAUUCAAGAGAGAAUCGAUUGAAUCCUUUCCCAAGUAACUUUGUCAGUUAA